GUUUACCUUAACAGAUCAUAUUCAAAUAAAAAUCGUCAGUGGAUAACAGUGUUAACUAAAAUGGAAGAAGAUCAAAUUGAAAAGCCUCAAACUGAAAUAUUAUUUCGACAAUGUUCAAUAGAAACGCCGCUUACACCUUCCAGAUAUUCUCCAGAGGAUGAGUUUUUUGAGGAAUCCAAGGAUGUGCCUAAAAUCGUCGACUGUAAGAAAAAAUCUCAGAUGUCAAUGCCAGACAAACCUGUUCCCAAUACGAAACCUCAAAUUUCUCCUAGGUUAAAAUCUAGAUCUCCGGUAUUCGAGAAUAGGGAAGUAAAUAAUACAGAAAUGAUGACAACAGAACAUCAAAUGCGUGCGCCUUUAAAACCUCUGGUAUCACCUAAGCCUAAACCUAAUAGUAUGUCGCCUAUGUUUGAAAACGUUAAGAUGAGUGAUAGUGAUGAAGGAAAUAUUUCUCCUACGGCAAGUAAACAGUUUAGAAACAAACUUGAACAUAUUUAUAACAGUGGAGAAAACCAUAAAACCCCUUCACCACGUACUAGUGUUUACGAUAAUAAUACUAAUGAAAGUCACGAUAUUCUAAGAAAAAGUUCGGUUUCCAGUUUACGAGAAGAGUUGAGUAAGAAACUUGAGAUUGGUUUUAAAAAAGAUGUAGUACUACAUGAUCCUCCUUCCAAUGAUUCUAGAAAUAGUAGUGAUGCAUGGGAAAAUGAUGGCCAUAUGGGUAAAGAAACUAUGAUGACAGAAAUAAAGGAGGAGGAAGAACGAUCAGUUGGUCUACUAAAAGCCUUGCACAGAAAGAAGGAUAGAGAACAAGACAAGGACGGAGACAACACAGUAGGUGGAGCCUCCCAACGAAACGAAGACAUGGCUACUUUAAGACCAAAAUCUCCUCGCCCAGUUCCAUUAAAAGGCGAGAAAGAAGAAACUAUAUGGGAUAAACUUGGUACUUUAGGUCGUAAAAAACGAAUUAAAGAAGUUCAAGAAGUACAAGCAGAAGGGAAACAUGCUAUCGAUUCUCCAGGUUGUCCUACUGCUCCUAUUAUACCCCCAGAAGACUAUAACCUUGAAGAUAAUGAAGAAAGAUGUAUGAUAGACCCUCGAGCAUAUGAUGACCCUAAAUUUUAUGACUUACUUAAUGUUUUAAAAGAAUGGAUAAAUGAUGAACUUGCUUCCCAAAGAAUUAUUGUUCAGGAUCUAUCUGAAGACUUGUAUGAUGGACAAGUACUACAAAAAUUACUCGAAAAGCUUACAGGGGAUAAAUUUGAUGUCCCUGAAGUCACUCAAUCUGAAGAAGGACAAAAGCAAAAACUAAUGGUAGUUUUGGAUCAUUUUAAUAAGGUUUUGGGAAUCCAAAGGUUAUCUCAUAACAAAUGGAAUGUAGAAUCAAUUCACUCGAAGAACAUAGUAGCUAUAACACAUCUAUUGGUAGCUCUAGCAAGGCAUUUUAGACCUCCAGUAAGGCUUCCAGAACAUGUUUCAGUUGAAGUUGUGGUAGUUCAGAAAGCUAGUGGCAGAUUGGUGCACAAGACAGUGAGAGAAAGUUUGACAAAAGCUUAUGAUGAUGUUGGUAUGAGAUGUGAGAGAGAUGCCUUUGAUACACUCUUUGAUCAUGCACCUGAUAAACUACAAGUUGUGAAAAAGUCGUUGGUAACUUUUGUGAACAAACAUCUGAACAAAAUGAACUUUGAAGUUACUGAAAUAGAGAGCCAAUUCCAUGAUGGUGUCUACUUGAUCAUGCUUAUGGGACUUUUAGAAGGUUUCUUUGUUCCUCAUUACAGUUUCCAUCUGACUCCCCACGAGUUUGAACAGAAAGUACAUAAUGUUAAUUUUGCCUUUGAACUUAUGGAGGAAGUUGGCUUGCAGAAACCAAAAGCUAGACCAGAAGAUGUCGUUAAUAUGGAUCUGAAAUCAACACUCCGUGUGCUGUACAACAUAUUUUUACGGUAUAGAACGAUAAUAUAGACGAGAAUCGAAAUAUUUAGUGCCUUAUACUGCCUCUAAAACUUA